GAGCGGCCCGAGCAGGGAAGAUGGCGGCGGCGGGCGCGGGGGCCGGGCCCGGGCCCGGUGCGGGUUCUUCAGCCGGUGCCGGCGCUUCCAACCCGCGGAAGUUUAGCGAGAAAAUCGCGCUGCAGAAGCAGCGGCAGGCGGAGGAGACGGCGGCCUUCGAGGAGGUGAUGAUGGAGAUCUGCUCCACACGGCUACAGGCACAGAAGCUGAGGCUGGCGCACAGCCGGGGACCCUACUACAGCGGCUCCCUGCCCAAUGUCAACCAGAUCGGCAGCGGCGUCUCCGACUUCCAGGGCCCUUUGCACUCGCCGCUGGACUCCACGCGCAGCACCCGGCACCACGGCCUGGUAGAGCGAGUGCAGCGGGACCCGCGCCGCAUGAUGUCCCCGCUUCGCCGAUACGUCCGACAGAUCGACAGCUCUCCCUACGGACCGACCUACCUGUCACCUCCGCCCGAGCCCAGCUGGAGGAGGACCAUGCCCUGGAGUAACUUUCCCAUGGAGAAAGGACAUUUGUUUAGGCUGCCGUCAGCUCUCAACAGAACAAAUUCCGACUCGGCGCUUCACACGAGCGUGAUGAACCCCAACCCCCAAGACGCCUACCUGGGCCCCUCGCAGGGCGCCCCGCCGCCCGGCCGCCGGAGCGGUUUUCUGGACGGGGACGGGGACAGUAAAGUGUUUCUUUUUCAAGUGCCUCCCAUCGAAGAGACUUUCGACGACAACAAGCAUUCGCUGAAGCCCUGGGACACCAAGAAGCUCUCGUCGUCCUCGGCCCGUCCGCGAUCCUGCGAAGUCCCUGGGAUCCACAUAUUUCCGUCCCCGGAUCAGCCUGCCAACGUCCCCCUCAUCCCCUCGGCCCUCAACACGGGCGGCUCCCUUCCCGACCUCACCAACUUGCACUUCCCCUCCCCACUGCCCACCCCGCUCGACCCGGACGAGACCCCCUACCCCAGCCUGAGCGGGGGCAACAGCACCAGCAACCUGGCCAACACCAUGACGCACCUGGGCAUCAGCGGCAGCAUGGGACUGGGGACGGGCUACGACUCGCCAGGACUUACCUCACCUAUGCAGAGCUCCCUGAGUAACCCGUCCCUGCAGUCCUCGCUUAGCAAUCCCAACCUCCAGGCCUCCCUGCGAAGCCCCUCGCUCCAGUCUUCCCUCAGCAACCCCUCGCUCCAGUCUUCCCAAAGCAGUUCCUCCAUCCCUUCCUCGCUCUCCAACCAGUCCCUGCCUUCCUCCCUCUCCUCCUCGCUCAGCAAUCCCUCCCUCCCCACAUCCCCCCGCAGCCAGCCCAUGCAGUCUUCCCCCAGCAACCCCAGCCUGCCCUCCGGCUUGAGCGGCUCUUCCUACGCCCCCAUGGUGCAGGCGUCCAUAAACACCUCGCCCCGCCGACGGGUCCCGCUCAGCCCCCUCACCCUCCCAAUGGGUGGCGACUCCAGAAGGCAGCACCCCAAACAGUUCUCACCAACAAUGUCACCCACAUUGUCCUCCAUCACCCAGGGGGUACCCCUGGACACCAGCAAGCUGCCAGCCGACCAGCGGCUCCCACCGUAUUCCUACAGCCAGCCUGGCCUGCUCCUGCAAUCCCAGCCGAGCCAGAAAACCCUGCACCAACCCGUGCAGUCCCCCCCGCAGCCGCCGUUGCCCCCCGCCCCACCGACACGGCCCCCGGGGCCGCCGAGCGGGGCUGCUCAACGCCCCUACGCCCCCCAAUACCAGCCUAACGCCCCCCUGCAGCAGCUGGGACAGCCCCUGAGCGACUUCGGCUUGGGCAGCUUUGAGCAAUUUGGGAUGGGGGAAAGCCCCACCGGGAACAGCGGCGGCUUCCCCGAGGAGCUGGGGGGCCUGAGCUACCCCCCAACCGAGGGCACCUACGACCCCCACGUCCUCAACCGGCAAAACCUGAGCAACUGCAGCCGCCACGGCCCCAUCCCCAACAUCAUCCUCACAGGGGAUUCUCCCCCCGGCAUCUCCAAGGAGAUUGCGACGGCGCUGGCCGGCGUCCCCGGCUUCGAGGUGGACGCGGCGGCUUUGGGUUUGGAGGAGGAGCUGAAAAUCGAACCGCUCACCCUGGACGGACUGAACAUGCUGAGCGACCCCUACGCUCUCCUCACCGACCCGGCCGUCGAGGAUUCCUUCCGCACCGACCGCCUGCAGUGAGGGGCCGGGGCCCCCCCCCCCCCCCCCCCCUUCAUUCUACCCCUCCCUCUCUUUUUCCCUUUUUUUUUUUUUUUUUUUUUUCCGGUUAAACGGUGGGGCCACCACCGGCUCCCUCCUCGGACAACGGGGCUGGGGGAUGCUGGAGCCGGUGGGAAGAAGUGGGGGGGGGGGGGGGGGGGGGGGAGGGAUGCGAGCCAGGCGCUCUCCAGCCCCACGGCACCCCCAAACCCCGGUGGAGAGGGGGCUCCCGUGUCCCCCCCCCCCAGGGGCGGCUGUACAUAACCCCGUAGGUAGAGACAGUGGGGGGGGGGGGGGGCGUAUAGGGGGGCUGCUUCUGUUUUUAUUUUAUUUUUUUCUGGCUAAUCAUCAUGUUUAAGGAGAAAUCCUGCUCCCCCUGCCCCCCCAGCUGUGCCCCGUAUGUACCCCCCAGCCCCCCCCCCGACCUUACCCAGCUGCUGGGGACCCCACGGGAUGUGUAGAAAGCACUUGUAACUUUGCCCCCCCCCCCGCCCCCCCCCAAAUACCCUCCGGGGGAGUGUGGGGGCCCCGUCCGCGGGCGGGGGGACCUGGGGCCCCAGGACCCGCAUUCCCCCCUGCCCAGGAGGGAGCCAGAGUGAUUUAUUAUUAUUAUUAUUUUUUAAAUAUAUAUUAUAUGUUAAUUAAA